AUGUCCCUCACACUAAAGCUCUCCUCGCUGGCUAUCCGCACUCUCUCAAAGCCGAUCGCCAAUCAAAUCAAAGCACAAGCCCGCGAACAUGAACGUUUCCGACGAAUCUGCAUCGGCAUGGCGCAAUCUCUUCACCGGCUCGACAUGCGUCUCCGUCUAGGUACCCUCCGCGACAAUGCCGCCUCACAAAGACAAGCCGCCGCCGAGGCCGAAUUGCGAAAACACAAACCGACCUCUCCGACGGCGAAAACGCACGCCGAGGCCAGAGCUGAAGAAGAAGCCGCCGCGAAGGCUAAAGCCGCCGCCGAAGAAGCCGCGAACCCUCGAAAACCCCACAUAAGGCCUCUGUCGGAGUCCAAAGCCAUCGAGUCGGGUGCGACAUUUAUCAGCGAAUCGUUCCUGUUUCUGGUGGCGGGUGGUUUGAUCGUCUUCGAAUCGUGGAGGUCACGGAGGAAGGAAACUACGCGCAGAGAAGACGUCGAGUCUCGGUUAGCUGAGCUGGAACAAUCGGAGAAGGCCGCUCGGCAGGCCUUGGUGGCCUUGGAGAAGGAGCUUCUGCAACAAAAGGCCAAGCAAGGGGGACUGUCAAAGUCGUCGCCCAGGAUUCUCCCUCGCGAAGUGUGGGAGGUGGAAAAGCAGGAGGAGGUGGAGAAGGCUGAAGAGCCCAGUUGGUGGUCACGCAUCACGUCCUAUUUCACAUUUGGCCAAAGUCCUGAACAAUCAGCUGAAGCUGUUGUUGGCGAAGAGCAGGCCAAGAAGACGGAUGACAAGACCCCGGUUCCAACGAAUUCAACCAACCAGGGCCCGCCAUCGAAAUCGAAAUGA